AUGUCCAAACACGGUCAACACUGCACCGAAGGAUUUUAAUUCUCGUUUUUCUUUUCAGAACCCAGACACUCUCACUCACACUCAUAAUUUCCGAUUUGCGAAUUCUUAAUCUAACACCCAAAAAUGCCACCUUUCACCGCCGCCAGAUCAAUUUUCCGAUCAGCCUCCUCCGCUCGCAGUGCCGCAACACGCUUGGCUUCCAAAACCAAACCAAAUACCUCACCAGCUUCUCCAUUUCGCACCUCUCCCAACAACAAGAAGCCUCUGUCUCAGUCCCUCUUAAGGCGGCCGGUGGGAAUGAGCUUUUGUGUAGAAUCGAUGAUGCCAUAUCACACGGUUACUGCUUCUGCAUUGAUGACUUCGAUGCUUUCUAUCUCUCGGGAUGGCUACGGUUGGCUUCUUGAAGGAAAAGAUGAGACUAGAUGAAGAUCAGAACAAAGAUGGUUGAUUUGGAUUUAUUGUUUUCUGAGCAUUUUUACUAAAGAAGUAGUAUCACCGAUCAUGUAUAAACUAGGAAAGUCUGUUUCAUCAAACGUGUAUUUUUCAUGUUCCUUGAGGCUUGAAGCUUUAAUACGUUUUUUCCUUUUAUUGAACCAAAAGUCCUUUUAAAUUUGAGAUCUGACGGGGUUAUAUUUGUGUGGUUUUAGAUUGUCCAACUUCUUUCAAAUCAGGGUUUAACUUGUUGACUUGAAAUUCUUGUUAUUAUUUGAGAAAUAUCGACCUGGUCAGUUGGGGUGUAUACUGAUUAUUUUUAUUCAA